AUUAAGGGACGAUCUAUGGUUUGACAGCCUCGGUGCUGCGCCUGCUGCUGCUUCUGUUACUGCGGCUGUGUGGUCUGUCAUGAGUUGAAAAGGGAUGUGAGGGUUUAGAGGAACUGCCGCUCUGAAGACUGAGCCUCUGCUAAGUGAUCUUCCUGCCAGACAGACUGGACGAGAUUUCUUCUGCACGAUUGGAAACUUGGACCUAUUAGCACUUCAUCUACACAGAGAAACAGGCAGCGUGACAGAGUGAAGAGGGGAAAGAACUACUGCAAAAACAAACAAACAGAAAGGUGAAGGCUGGAAAGAUGUUUUAGAGACCCCGUGUUAGAGAAGCUUCAAGCCACUGAAGAUGGAGAAUGAUACUGUCAGUGAAAUGAACCAAACCGAGCUCCAGCCACAAGCAGCUGUGGCCCUCGAGUACCAGGUGGUUACCAUCUUACUUGUGGUCAUUAUUUGUGGACUGGGCAUUGUGGGCAACAUCAUGGUAGUCCUGGUGGUCAUGAGAACGAAGCACAUGAGAACCCCUACAAACUGUUACCUGGUAAGUCUGGCUGUGGCAGAUCUCAUGGUUCUGGUGGCUGCAGGCCUCCCCAACAUAACCGACAGUAUCUAUGGUUCCUGGGUCUAUGGCUAUGUUGGCUGCCUCUGCAUCACAUAUCUCCAGUACCUAGGCAUUAAUGCAUCUUCAUGUUCAAUAACGGCCUUUACCAUUGAAAGGUACAUAGCAAUCUGUCACCCCAUCAAAGCCCAGUUUCUCUGCACGUUUUCCAGAGCCAAAAAAAUCAUCAUCUUUGUCUGGGCCUUCACAUCCAUUUACUGUAUGCUCUGGUUCUUCCUGCUGGAUCUCAACAUCAGCACCUACAAAAAUGCUAUUGUGGUUUCCUGUGGCUACAAGAUCUCCAGGAACUACUACUCACCUAUUUACCUAAUGGACUUUGGUGUCUUUUAUGUUGUGCCAAUGAUCCUGGCCACUGUGCUUUAUGGAUUUAUAGCUAGAAUCCUCUUCUUAAACCCCAUUCCUUCAGACCCUAAAGAAAACUCUAAGAUGUGGAAAAAUGACUCAAUCCAUCAGAACAAGAAUUUGAAUUUAAAUGCCACCAACAGAUGUUUCAACAGCACUGUAUCUUCCAGGAAGCAGGUCACCAAGAUGCUCGCAGUGGUUGUAAUUCUGUUUGCCCUUUUAUGGAUGCCCUACAGGACUCUUGUGGUUGUCAACUCAUUUCUCUCCAGCCCUUUCCAGGAAAAUUGGUUCUUGCUCUUUUGCAGAAUUUGCAUUUAUCUCAACAGUGCCAUCAACCCAGUGAUUUACAACCUCAUGUCUCAGAAAUUUCGUGCAGCCUUCAGGAAGCUCUGCAAUUGCAAGCAGAAGCCCACAGAAAAAGCUGCUAACUACAGUGUGGCCCUAAAUUACAGUGUCAUCAAGGAGUCAGACCGCUUCAGCACAGAGCUAGAAGAUAUCACCGUCACGGAUACCUAUGUGUCAACCACAAAAGUGUCCUUUGAUGACACCUGCUUGGCCUCUGAGAACUAAAGAAGGCCAUAAAGAACCCUAUAAUGUUCUUCAUGUGUAUUUAUUUCAUAAUUAUGAUCUCAAAUAAUUCAGCAACAGAUGUCUUCAGGCAAGUUACAUACUGGGAAGCAGUUCACUAUUAAGAUUUUCAGCAACUUACGGAUUACAUCAAGUGACAAGUUUAACCUAUGGUGUGCUUAAUUCAAAACUCAAAUAAUCUUCUUUGACAAGAGUGAUCAUGGAUGUGUGUACUCAAUGUUGUCAUGUCAAAAACAUGUAAAUAGCAUUCUUUUACACCAAGCAAAUUCAUGCUAACCAAAUAAAAUAUGUUUAUCUCAUAUUUUAAGAAUUAUAUCUAGAAAACUGAAAAAGGCUGAAACAUGUAAUACCAGUUAAGAUGAUACAUUGUCUAAAACUAUCGAAUCUGGAUGUAUCAAGACAAGAAUUUAUUGACCAAUAAACCACAUAGUCUAAUAAUGACUGUAAGGCUCGAUGGAGGUUCACACUGUAGAGUCCCAACUGGAAUAAUGGGAAUGUGAAGCAUGUUGACAGUUAUGCUAAGAGAAUGGGAUAAUCAGUACUGUUGGCUAGCAUCAUUGCAAACCUGCAAGUGACUCUUUCUUUAUAGAAAAAUGAACUCAGUUCUUGUGCAUAUGGCUAUUCUUUGACUGCCAAACAGGAGCGAAUAUGAACUUCUUCAAGAACAUCUUGGACUGGUAUUACUAAAGUGAAAUCUUUUUAAAAAUUCAAUAUGACUCAGAAUAGAAUGGUUUCAACUGACCAAAGGUCUUCCUUCAGAAGUCAGUAAGCACAUUGUGGUACUGAAAUGAUACAGGAUUUUACAAUAAGGAAGCAAAAUUUAAUCCCUAGCCAUGAGGACAAGCCACUCCUGGUUUGAUAUAUACAAAAAUUACUGUCAUGUCUUUUAUUAAUAUGUCUCAAAAAAUUGUCAUUUGCUGGAUGACUCUGAACACAUCCUGAAAAAUCAAUUUGUUCUGAGCCUCUACAUAUAUGCUUCAAGACCCUUGAAUAACCAAUAACUCUAAAUAGGCAAAUAAACAGAAAACCCCAUGUAGGACAAGCUCAUUUCAUGUUUGUAUCCCACAAAUUAAACUAAGAUGAUGAGCCUGACAUUGACUUUCUGUUGAAUGAGUGAAUGAAUGAAUGAAUGAAUGAAUAAGUAAAUUGAUGAAUCUCCAACUAAGAAAUAUAACCUAAAACCUUUGUGACUCCUGAUUUUCCCAUAGAUUUCUUUACUAUUAUAAAACUUUAUUGUUUGUUUUAAUCAUCUUAAACCAUUCUCCUGGCUCAUUAAAAUGUACUAUAUUGUGUCAGAUAGUGGUCACAACCAUCCCUGUGUAUAUAUUGUGAGUGCAAAUUCAAUAGUACUCUAACAUAUCUCACCUAAUUUAAUAAUGAUCAAGAUUAUCACAUGUACUUUCAGAGAAUGACAACAUAUUAUCACUGACAUGUGAAUAGAAUAUGCAGAGUACAUGGUAGCAAGAGAAGUUGUAUAAUUUCAGACUACAAACAUUAGAAUUCCUCAUAGGGAAAAGAAUAUCAAGGGGUGAUAGAGUAAUUAGAACAACCUGUUAGGGAAGCUUGAAAGUUCGUUUAAGAUUAGACUUGGUUUAGAUAGUUAGGAAAAGCCAACUGAUGUAAGAAAAGCAAGAUGAGGAGGUAUAGGGUGAAAAGAAACAACUCCACGUGUUAUGGUUAUGUGUCCAGUACAGUAUGAUUCAUCAGGGAUUGAUUAAGGCAAGCAACUAGGAGAAAGGAAAAGAAGGGAGGUAAAGUACUUCCUAGUGCUUAUAUUUGAUGAGGAAAUAUUCAUCCAGAUACAGUAAAUAGAUGUGUAUAUUAGUAAGCUGUCUUGUAUUUUCUGAACAUUGUGAAUUUCACUUAGCUAUAAAAAUAUAGAAUGCUAUAUGUCUCCUAAGUGUUAUAAUUCUGUAAGUAUCCUAAAGUCAUAAUUUUCCAAGUAAAAACUAUGCUGUAUAUGUAUAUAUCUUUUCUAUAUUACAUUGUCAUUGUAUAUGGGGCAUAUUUAUUUAUGUAUAUAUGAUUCAGAGGUCCAUAAUAGCCAUGAAGUUAUCCAGUUAUGCUAACCAUAGAGAUCCAAGAUAGCUCAUAGGUCCUUCAUAAGCCUAAGCAUCCAUAUUAAAUGUGAAACUGAUAAUCAGUGAACUCCUUAGCUUCUAAUUCCUUCUACCUGUUGACUUGCAUGUUGCUUCUAUUGUGCUCCUGAAUGAUUGAUUUCCUACAACAUGCCUCCCUCUGAAUGGUUUGGUUUCCUUCCACCAAUUGUAGAAAGCUGUAUGCUGACUCAUCUCAUUGCUGGGAGAUUAACCAUUGUGUCCAUGUGGACAAAGAAUCUUCUUUAAGAAAUUGUGAUAUUAUGUGUUCUCUCUGCAGUGUGAAACUGUUUUUGUAUGUGUAUGUAUGAGCAAUAAAGUAUCAAACUG